AUGCAUAUUACGACUAUGGGGAUUGUAUCUGUGUUUGUCAAUUUUGUGGAGCUCUAUUCUGGUAUAUUGAAAUGGGCGCUGACGACAUCAGCUUUCAAAAAAUUAGAGGUUUUUUCAAGGAGUUGCCUCCGAUGUUAUUGGUAUGUUCAUAUGCUUUGUGUCGCACUUAUAAGUAUGAGAAAGGUAGCCAUGGCAAAGGCCUGUAGAGAUAUUUUAGUAGCCAUAGAUUGGCUCAAUAAAUAUCAUGAGCUGUAUAAACAGACAUGUUUCUGCUAUGAGGAGUUGAUCUUAUAUCCACCAAUCAUUCCUAUACAUCCUCUUACUUAUGCUGAUGUAAGCGGAAAAAACAUCAGAGCAUUUUUUGGUGUUUACUUGUGCACUUCUGCAAUUGGACAACUAACAAAAGGGAGGAACAAUGAGGAUAAAGAGAUCUCAGGAUUGGCUGCUAAAGCUUUGGAGAAAGAUUACAAGCAAAAUUCAGAAUGA